AGAAAGGAAUCGCGUGAAGCAUUUCGCGAACCUAGAGCCUGCUAGAACUCAUAUCCCUUCUUCGAUUUUUCCAGGACCAUCUCUUCCUCCGCAUAAAGAUCUAACGUCUUCGUCGCAAUUCAGUCAUCACAAUUCACAAAAAAACAAAUCUCUCUUCGAAAACUCUAUCUGAAACGCUACUGCAGAAAUUUUGACAAAAUGGAUCUCAGGAUGAUGGGCUUUGAUCACCCGCUUUUCCACCACAUAAUGGAGUACGCCACCGCCGCGGACGACAAAUCCUCCAAUAGCAACGCCCCUUCGAAGACCUUCGUUCUCGACGCGAAGGCAAUGGCGGCGACACCGGCGGACGUGAAGGAGUAUCCGAACUCGUACGUCUUCAUCAUCGAUAUGCCGGGGCUGAAGUCCGGUGACAUCAAGGUACAGAUCGAGGAUGAGAAUGUCCUGACUAUAAGCGGGGAGCGGAAGCGUGAGGCGGAUGAGAAGGAGGGCGUGAAGUAUUUGAGAAUGGAGCGGCGGGUGGGCAAGUUCAUGAGGAAGUUCGUGCUGCCGGAAAAUGCGGAUCUGGGGAAGAUAACCGCCGUCUGCCACGACGGAGUGCUGAGUGUGACCGUGGAGAAGGUGCCGCCGCCGGAGCCAAAGAAGCCAAGGAGCAUUGAGGUCAAAGUUGCUUAAAAUUAAUAUGUAGACCAGGCACGGUACUGUGACCACUCUGUUUCUCUUGUAGGAACAGAGCAUUUGAUGAUGUUUCUUUCCUUUUUUUGGAUAUGAUGAUAAUGGGAAUGUUGAGUUCGUGAUGUGAAUGUUCUAUGGAGUUUCUUUUUCGAUUUAAAUUUUAAUUACGUUUUUUAUAUUUUAAAUCACAUUAAUAAUAUUUGUCUUAAAUUGAAAAAAGAAGACUGGACAUACGGAG